AUGGCUUCUUCUUCUGAUACUGGAGUAUCAGAAACAUUGGACCCCAUGGCGAUUGUAUCGGACGAUGAGAUACUAUCCGAGGGAGAGGUUUACACGUCGGAUACCACAAGCACGGAUGAUGAUGACUUCCAGCCGUUUGCCCUGCCAGACAUUGCACCUUUAGCCGACGGUCCUGUUGAUGGGGAUGAGGUUCAGCCCACUGAUGGCAUUCUAGCUGGGGAUCUACCUCUUGUUGAGAUCCAUGCUUCUGCUCCACUUGCCGCAUUCCCCGUAGAGGAUUUGCCACUGGAUGUUGUGUCCGAUGACGACAUCGAUCUUUUCGAGGGUCCCCUGAGGACGAUCAUGAGGGCUCCUAUGGAGGAGGAUCCUUCUGAUUCACCUGGUCCAGACUCGUUCGAGUUUGUGGUGUCCACUACCUUGCACGACCGGGGCAUGCAGCACUACCCUCCUUGCGGUGACUCAGACAUAGCGAUGUUAGCUGCACCUGGUUCACCCCACGAGUUUGAGAUUGAUCAUGAGUUCGAGGACGAGUUUGAUCCAGUUUUUCCUCCUGGUUUUGAUCCCGAUCACGAGAUCGAGUUUAUUCUUAUUGACCAGCCCUUGGAGGCACCAGUGGCUCAUAUUGAUCAGUUUCUUGAUAUACCUGCCGACCUUGGUAUGGACUUUGUCGACCGUGAGCCUGUCGUGUCACCAGAGCCUGUUAUUGCUCCUGAUCCUGUACCGGUGCACGACCCUGUUCCUGUGGAUGCACCAGCCCUUGCACCACCUAUUGAUGAUAUUCCCAUUGUUGCGCCACCAAUGGCGGAUGUUCCUAUUGCGCCAACAGUGGCGGAUGUUCCUAUUGCGCCACCAGUGGCGGAUGUUCCUAUUGUUGAUGCACCCGCUCUUGCAUCACUUGUCGUCGACCAUGCACCAUUCGCCACACAUGUCGACCCUCGAUACGCUGACACACGUAACGGGUGGAUCGACGAUGAUGAUUAUCCCCCGUUCGUGCUACCAGUCACUCCUCCUAUAGCACCUGUUUCCGCACCUAUUGAUGUUCCCCUUUUCCACCCACACACCUCUGAUGUCCAUCGCACCGACCUUCCCAUCACAUUCCUCCAGGACAUUCCUCCACCACGUCCUGGGGAGGGCUCGUCGAGGCAGCAGCCUGCCUUUGUACCACCUAUAUCAUCAGCUGUUCCAUUCAUUUCUCAGUUUCCCCAUACUGCACCAUCUUUUGUACCUUCGAGCGAGCCGUUUCUAUGUUCGCCCAAUGUUAUGCCAUUAUCAGACCCGUACCACCCUUUUCAUGUGGGGUACACGAUAGAGGACAUACUCAUCUCCCUACAGCUACAGCAGGACGCACUGAGUCGUCGCACUCAGGAGUUAGAGAGAGCUCCACGUCCUCCCCCAUGCCACUGUCAGACUUCUUUUGCCGUACCACACACUCCCCUCCCGCUAUCCCCUGAUUCGAAUGUUCGUUUCCUUACACCUGAGCAACGUAUUGCCUAUUUGCUGCGCGUUAUUCAUGCCCUUGAGGAGGAUUGGGUGCACAUGCGCCGUUUGCUUUUCUCUUAUCUUCCUCCUCCUCCUCCGCCACCAGCGUAG